AGUCACAUUUGCACUUUCCCCGGGUCGACUGGUCAAAGUUCUUCUGAAGAAACAUUUCAUUUAGUUUGUUUGUGUUUUUGCCCUGAGAAGAGAAAAAAAAACAACACCCCAUCCUCCCUCUGUCUGCAUAUUUCACGCAAAUUUGCCAUCCAGCUGGGAUCACACUAUAAGUUCCUUCCUCUCGAAAAUCCUUGCAAACGCCUCACCCAAUUAUGUGUGAACAAGAAAGAAAGUGAGGGUUGGAAUUUACAAAAAAAAUAAGAGAGACAUUGUGUGAAAAAGGGGGUGAAAAUGACUCUUUUUCACCGUCUACGUCAAUUAGUCUUGGACAGCAGCUGCUGGCAGUAAUCUGUGAAAAAUUCUUCCGCAGAAAUGCCCAUUAAAAACAUUUCUCAGUGAUUCUCAGAAGUGGAAGUAAUUGGAGGAAACCUGCAACGAAAGCAAAAAUUGAUCAAAUACAAAAUGACGGUUGUGAAAGUGUUGGAAGGUCGGCAGAGUUUCAUGAAACUCUUGCUGAUUUUCACCCUAGCUGUGGCACUUAUUUUCUACUUUUUCAAUGUGGAAACCCUCAAGUCUUCCCAACUCUACACGAGACUCCUACGCUUUACAGGAGAUCCUCUCGAUGAUAUAGAUCCCGAAAGUGAAGCGUACUUUGUGAAUACAGUGGGCUGUAAAAUGCCCAAAUUUCCCAUUUUUGACACCCACAUUCAGCGAUUUAUCACUGAUCCAGCUGAAAUUCAUUGCUCAGCGGGCAUUACGGCAUCCAAUGGAACUCACAUCUGGAUCCGGCUGAAUGCCAGUGAGCUCCAGUCACUAUACAACGUCACCGAUCCCACUCUUCUCUCCUGCUACUAUCAGUCAUUUGCGCGGAAGAGCGAUAUGUGGAUCAAGUUUCAGCAUGAAGUGACGCCAAUCGUGUUCGGAGAGCGUCACCGGGUAUCCCCUGGGGAGGAAUUCGUCAAAGUGACGUGCGACAACUUUGGCCUGGGUGAGAUCUAUCAGGACUUUCACUACUUCGUGCCCCACCGGACAGCCCCUGGGGAUGCUGUACCACGCGCCAGUAGGCGGAAAGUGAAUGUUAUCGUCAUUGGUAUUGACAGCGUCUCCCGGCUCAAUUUUCGACGCCAACUCAAGAGAACCACGCGAGUCCUGCUGGAGGAACUUGGCGCCAUUGAGAUGGAGGGAUACAAUAAGGUUGGGGACAACACAUAUCCCAAUUUGGUACCAGUACUCUCUGGCUUGGAUGCCUCUGAGUUGGAAUCUCUCUGUAUGCCAGAUAAGAAUUCCACGUACGAUAGUUGCCACUUCAUUUGGAAGAACUUUGCAAAAAGAGGCUAUUUAACGGCUUUCGCAGAAGACAUUGGUUACCUGGGUUUGUUCAAUUACUUCAAGAAGGGCUUUCGAAAUCAGCCCACUGACUACUAUACUCGACCCUUAAUUACGGCUAUGGAACGUCAGAUUGCUUACCGGAAAGUGGGCAAUGUGUACCUGUGUUAUGGCAGCAAGACUCCUUUUGAGAUCCUCUUUGACUAUAUUCGGAAAUUUGUGCAUAGUCUGCAGCAGAGGCAUAUUUUUGGCUUCUUCUGGACAUCUUCCUUCACACAUGACUAUCUCAAUAUGCCCAAGUUAAUUGAUGGUGAGAUUGUCAAUUUCCUGAGGCAUCUCAAUGAUGAAACUCUUCUCAAUGACACUGUCCUGAUUCUCAUGAGUGAUCAUGGAUUACGAUGGGGAAGCUUCAGGAGUACGUAUCAGGGAAUGAUGGAGGAACGGCAGCCGUUCAUGUACUCAAUCUUCCCAAAAUGGUUUUACACGGACUUUCCACGAGCCAUGCGUCACUUCCGGCGCAAUUCACGCCGCCUUACGUCACACUUUGACCUGCACGAGAUGCUGCGUGAUUUAAGUCGUCUGGAGCAACUGGAAGAUGUUGCAAUUGACGCUCGAGCGGCUGAUCUUGCCACAGCUGAUCCUCUUCCGCGUGGAAUCAGUCUCUUCCUACCUAUUCCUGCCACGCGAACCUGUGAUGCAGCUGGUAUCCUGCCGCAUUGGUGCACGUGCCAUGAGAAACAGACAGUGCCAACUAUUGAUCAGGGUGUUCUGCGAGUGGCUCGUUUUGUGCUGCGAGAUCUCAAUGACAGACUCGCAGAGGCCCCUCAAUGUGCACAUUUGCAUCUAAACUCCAUUCUCGAGGCCACAAGGGCUACUCUGACAGCCGAUGCGGCCUUUAGAGUCCCAAGUGCUGGGCAAAUGUUCGAUCUGACGGUAAGGUUGAGAACAAAGCCGGGAAUGGGGGAGUUUGAAGCGACAGUGAGGGUCAAAACGGAUGAGGAUAUGGAACUGACGGGACCUAUAAGCCGAACUAAUCUGUACGGUAGGCAGAGUUCGUGCGUGAAUGAUCCCCAACUGAAACUUUACUGCUACUGUGGCCGACAUUGAGACUUUUUUGUACCAAAGACCGCAAAGACCAUAACUAUGUAAUAUUGUAAUCUUUUUCUUAAUCCCUCGAAACAAGCAUUAAAUUAGCUAUUUAUCAAA